CCUUUCAAUCUAAUAGAACGAAAUGUGUGAUCUAAUCAUUUUACGUUGUGAGGAAGAAUGAUACGGAUUACGGAGUAAUCUAAUGAUAAUUCAGUGGUUCACUUAACUUAAUUGUUUUUAGGAAUGAGUUAUGUAUACGUAGUAGGACUACAUGCUCAUUAGGGACUCCAUUUCACCGGCGGUUCCGAACGAACAGGCGGCUUAAGCUUAAUUCUGAGAUUUAACUUGAGCUCCAAUUAACAUACUCCGGACUUCCCGCAGCGAAGACAGAGGUAAGCAAUGAGAGAGAAGAGUUUGCUCCUGAUUUUGAGGCAAAACAAAACCUUGGGUUCGAAGAUUUCAUCGAAUCUGAGCGGGUUGUUCAAAUCAACCUCGACCCAAACUUCGGAAAAGUACAGGCUUUUUUCUGUCGCCAAGCUUGCUCCUUUAAGCAGAAACUCAGUUACCAGAAGCUUUGUCAAUUAUGGGUUCAGAUCCUUUCGUCAGUUCAAUCACAAGGGAUACAGACCAUCAUAUAGAAAUUUUUCCACUUCCACGGCUGCUGAAACAAAGGAGGAGUUGAAGCUCCUAGUAACUGGUGGGCCACAUGCUCAGAAAGUGGUUGGGAUAUGGCUUUUCGCUUCAGCUGCUUGGGUGUUUAGUAUGGUGGUGCUAGGGGGAGUAACACGCCUAACACGUUCUGGCCUUUCCAUGACUGACUGGAAAUUCACAGGGAGUUUGCCUCCUCUUUCAGAUGAAGAAUGGGUGGUUGAGUUUGAGAAAUACAAACAAUCCCCUGAGUAUAAGCGUGUAAACAAGGGGAUGGAAAUGGAAGAUUUCAAAUUCAUAUAUUGGAUGGAAUAUGCUCACCGAAUGUGGGGAAGAGGAUUAGGUAUAAUGUUUGCGCUUCCUUUCUCAUACUUCCUCCGCAAGGGCUAUAUUACUGUGCGAUUAGGGCUUCGUCUCUCUGCCUUAUUUGCCCUUGGUGCUGGACAAGGACUUAUUGGUUGGUGGAUGGUUAAAAGUGGUUUAGAGGACCCACCAUCAGAGUAUGUCAUACCAAGGGUGAGCCCAUACCGCCUUGCAGCUCAUCUUACAUCGGCUUUUGCCAUUUAUUGUGGCCUCUUUUGGACGGGUCUCUCUGUUGUUAUGCCCGAACCUCCUGCCAAGUCACUUGCCUGGGUACAAGGAGCAGCAAAAGUAAAGCGUCUUGCCCUUCCAGUUGGUAUCCUCGUUGGACUUACAGCUAUCUCAGGUGCAUUUGUUGCUGGAAAUGAUGCUGGUCAUGCAUUCAAUACAUUUCCUAAAAUGGGAGACCAGUGGAUUCCAGAUGAUGUUUUCAGUGUGAAGCCACUCAUCCGCAACUUCUUUGAAAACACUGCAACUGUCCAGCUUGACCAUCACAUACUUGCCACUGCAACAUUAACCUCCAUAGGUGGCCUAUGGUGGGCAACAAGGAAACUAGACAUCCAUCCUGCGAUACGUUCUUUAAUCGGAAGCACUGUGGGCAUGACUGCUCUUCAGGUCAGCUUGGGCAUAUCAACACUUCUUUCGUACGUACCUGUUUCAUUAGGGACAGCUCAUCAAGCCGGAGCUUUGACUCUUUUAACACUUAUGGUUCUGCUCAACCACACUGUGAGGCGCCCUUCUUUGAAUCUUCUCAAGUCAUUGCCUCCAAUUACAAGAACAGUAUGAAUGUAUGAUUGCUUCUUCUUCUGUUUUUAUAUUUAUAUAUAUAUAUAUAUAUAUAUAUAUAUAUAUAUAUAUAUAUAUAUAUAUAUAUAUAUAUAUAAGUCAAAUAUUCUGAUGAAGCUUUUGCUUCUCUGCUUAACUAUUUUAUCGCUUUUUGUUUAUUAAAAUGCUGAUAUCAUUUUACAUUUGUUUUACGCGGCUUAGGCGAGUCAUGAACUGUGAUAUUUCAACCAUGAAUAAACAACAAGUGUAAUAUUGUUUAGCUUGGCUCUUUAAUCUAGCAAUAUCGUUAUUGUAAGAUGUCGGUUUUAGUAGAAUUUGGGGAUGAUUUUUAUUUUCGUUUUCUUAAAUGAUGGUGUCAGACUGCCAGGUCAUAUGUGACCUGGACUGAGCACCAAGCCAAGACUAAGCCGGGAUCACGGAAAUCAUAAGUUGGAAGAGUGAACCGGAAAGUUUUGGCCCAAGAGACCAAGUUGGGAUUGGACAGAGUCAUUCCCAAUGGACUGGACCAGACCGUUUUGAUCUUUUUUUUUUAAAUGUUUUUGUUUAAAAAUAUUAGGCUAUUAUCUAUGAUUGUCCAAAAACAACUACCAUAUUGGCUUUGUGUUUCUAUUAUUUUUAUGUGUCUUGUUUACUCUACGAGCUUUGCCAAUAUAUUUGUAUCAUAUAUUUUGGUGAGUGCAAUACAAUGCAUUCUAUAUUUCUAUAUGAAGAUAACACAUCCAUCAUUCAGGAAUAAAG